AUGGUCUCUUUAGAUAGGUCCGUUGUGGGUCUUGAACUCCUCACUUUUGUCCCAAACACAGACAGACUGGACUCACUCCAAACCUCGGAAGUCAGGCAUCAGGCCGGGCAAUGCGAUGACUGGUACAUCGGAAGACUGGACGCCAGUGAUCACAGUCGUUCAUCAUUCUCUGUUGCCAAGGCCUCCGGUCGUCGGGAGCCUGGUGUGAUGACAUCUGCAGACCAUACUCGUCGGUGCUUUGGGAUUAUUUCCUCAUGUCAAUUUGGCUUUGGCGCAAUUUGGGCCAUCUGUGGUGUUAGAGAUUGCCCAAUGCUUUACUUUGGCCUAGAAUGGCCCACUUGUUUCCCUCUUUUGGAUUUACCGCUUGUCUGCAGUGGCAAAAGAGACUGUCUUCACCAUUCGGCAGCUAUUGCCAGUUGUGCACUGUUGCCUGAACAACCAUGGCGACAGGAGUUCGUUCAAUCGACUGGCAUCGAAGUCACCCUCACGUUGCCGGGCUCUGCACGGGCGACUAAGAGACUGGCCCUUCUCCAGCCACUUUUCUGUCAGACCCUUUGUCCUCCAACACCGGCACAAACGCCAUCAUUUUAUUGGUUGCCAGGCCAACAGAUCAGCCAAGGCUUGAUAGGCAAAACUGGUAGUUGGCCUGGCGAGGGGUCAAAGAGUGAAGAGGGCUGCAUGCUCGUCUCUGGGGCAAUGUUGGCCCAUCCUGGAUCCAGCAGCUUAAAGCACACGGUUGCAGGAAUUCCGUGUCACCAUGGCAUCACGCAGACGUACCAUAAUCAGCAAACCGACAUGUCUAGUCUCUGGCCCCUUCUGGCCGUUCGACUCAAUUCCCUUUUGUAUGUAAGUAGAGUUUCGAGACUACCGGUAAAUCAGUAG